AUGGAGCACGACGACCCGGCCGAAGCGCUGACGGAGCUGCGGGAGCGGCGGCCGAGCCGGUUGGAGCUGCUGCAAGUGGCGGCGGGCUCGGGCCUGGCCGUCUACGGCGUGUGGGCGCUGCUGCUGCAGCCCGGCUUCCGCCGCGUGCCACUGCGCCUGCAGGUGCCCUAUGUCGGCGCGAGUGCCAGGCAGGUGGAGCACGUGUUGUCGUUGCUGCGAGGCCGUCCUGGGAAGACUGUGGACCUGGGCUCUGGGGACGGCAGGAUUGUGCUGGCUGCCCACAGGUGCGGCCUCCGCCCUGCUGUGGGCUACGAGCUGAACCCCUGGCUGGUGGGACUGGCGCGGCUGCGUGCCUGGAGGGCAGGCUGUGUUGGCAGUGUCCGCUUCCACCGUGAAGACCUCUGGAAGGUGAGCCUGAGGGACUGCCACAAUGUGUCUGUGUUCCUGGCUCCUAGUGUGCUCCGAUUGCUGGAGGACAAGCUGCAGGCAGAGUUGCCUGCAGGAGCCCGUGUGGUGUCUGGGCGCUUCCCCCUCCCCACCUGGCAGCCUGUGGCUGUGGUAGGUGAGGGCCUGGACCGAGUCUGGGCCUAUGACAUCCACAGAGGUGGGCCAGCUGGGCAGGCUGUGCCAGGGCCCGGUUCUGCCUCUGUACUUGGAACCCCCAGUUCUCAGACUGGCUGA